GAAAUACUCCGAUAAGCCGAACGGCUUAGGAAACUAGUUUUCGAUCACCAAAAUCCAUUAGUCACAAAAAGAUAUUUUCCUGGUAGUCCAUUUUGUUAUUCAGUCUUAGAACGCGUUGCCUACAAAAGAUGGAUCUGUUUGAAUUGUGAAUAUAAAUAGAAUUUCCAAAAACAGCCAUGAUCCGGUUUUUAAGCAAAUCACCGGCACUGAAAUGGGACAGUUUGUUUGUGAAAAGUAUGCGCGGAGUUGUCACCACAUCUGACAGUAACAACACAGAUGCGAUUGAAGAGGAGUCGAAACCUUUUUCUUCCGUUCCAGGACCAAAAAAAUUGCCUGUGAUUGGACAUUUGCAUUUAUUUUCUAGAUUUGGUCCAUAUACUUUCGAGCGGUUGAACGAUGCCUACGCAGAUCUCUAUCAGAAAUACGGUCCGAUCAUCCGUUUGGACGUGGGAAUAAAGAUGCUGUUGCUUUUCCGUCCCGAGGAUAUCAAAAAGCUUUUCGUUAAUGAACAUUACCCUCAGCGUCCGCUGUUUGAAGCGCUGAAAUAUUACAGAUUGAAAAGAAAGGAUGUAUACAGUUGUGCCGGACUGAUUACGGAAAAUGGCGAAGAAUGGUGGCGAAUUCGGAAACCGAUCCAGUUUAUUAUGAAUCCUGGUUUUCCGAAGAUUUACUUCCCUCAUCACGUUGAUAUAGCAGACGAUCUCAUUCGUUUUAUUCACCAGAAGAGAGACGCACAAGGAAUUGUGCCAGAUUUUUUGAAGGUUUUAUAUCGAUUCUCUGAAGAAGCUGUAGGUUUACUAUGUUUUGGCAAGCGCCUUGGCUUGUUGUCCCUGAACUCGGGAACAGAUGCAGAGACAGAUUUCAGCAAACAGCUUACCCAAGCUUCGGAAGACACAUUGAAGAGCAUGGCAGACAGUUUGCUGGAAUUUCCUUGGUGGAAGGUUUUUCCAACUUCUACUUAUAAGACGCUAGUCCGAUCUCAAGAUUUCUUCCAAAACUUCGCUGCCAAAUGCACAAAAGAAGCGGAAAUAAAACUCCAAGAUCCAGCUUACAAGCACGAUGGCUCUCUGGAACUUCUGAGACGUCUUUUCCAAGAUAAAACUGUGAAACCAACAGAUAUCAGCCUUCUGAUGACAGAACUUUUUUCUGCUGGUAUCGAUACGACAGGAAAUACCAUUGGAUUUGCUCUGUACAACCUGGCAAAGAAUCCGGAUGUUCAAGAAACACUUUAUGAACAAAUUCAAAAAGGUGUGUCGGAAGGCCUGACUGCUGAGUCAUUAUAUGAGGUGAGGUACCUGAGAGCUUGCAUCUUGGAAUCCCACAGAUUAUCACCCGCCACGGGCAGUAUUGCUAGAAUACUGACUGAGCCUAAAACUCUAUCGGGCUAUCACAUACCAAAAAAUGUGCUGUGCGUUGGCAUGCAACCUAUUAUUUGUCGCCAAGAAGAGCACUUUGAUGACCCGAUGAAUUUCAAACCAGAAAGAUGGCUAAACGAAGAUUACAGCAAGUUAAAGAAAAAGUAUCAUCCCUACACUCUGACACCUUUCAGCACUGGUCGCCGGAAAUGCGUGGGAUUCAGGAUAGCAGAACAAGAAGUAAAUCUAUGUGUUCUCAAGAUAAUCCAGAAUUUUCGAGUAGAAUAUGACGGACCAGAAAUAGGAGCUAUCAUGCGGUUAUCCUUCGUACCUGACAAACCUCUGAAUUUAAAAUUCAUUCCCCGACAAUAGAAUGCUGUUUCAACCACAUAAGAAGUGAAAUGAAGCUGAUUUUCACAACUUUGUAAAGAAUGAAAUUAGUACCUGAUAUCCACUAUUGUGAGAGAUUGUGUUCAUUGAAAGCUUGAAAAUUGUAUUUUGUAAUGAAUGUUGUAUUUUGUAUUUGAUUUUUUAAUUAACUCUUAUUGUAUAUGUAUCAGCAUUUCUGUAUUUUAUCUACAGUUUUUGUUAUUUUAUAUUAUUGUAAUGUUAAAUUGUAUUCAGGUUUGAGAUGAUAAAUAU